CUCGGGACUAGAGGUUAGUGUUGGCAGCGGCAGCGGCGGCAGCAGCAGCAGGUUGGGGCUUGGAAAAGGAAGAUCGAACUGUGACCAGGAGUAAACCAGUGCAGUUUUUGGAAGCCCAAGAUUGCAGCAGUGAGCAGAGAUGAAGGGAAAAGUUGGGGACCCACUACCAAGUGAGAGGCCAAAGCAGGAGGGGCAUAUCUGGGGCUCUAUGAAGAGGACAGCCUUCAUUCUGGGCUCUGGUCUGCUUUUGUCUGUGGCUUUUUGGAACUCUGUCACCUGGCAUCUGCAGAAGUUUUGGGGUGCCUCAGGCUACUUCUGGCAAUCCCAGUGGGAGAAGUUACUUUCUACUUUUGCGGGAAAGGAGUGGAUCCUCUUCUAUCUAGGUACAGUUAUUACUCCUAGUUUAUUAUUUUGGAGUUUUAAUGCCUUUCUUCUGGUGGUGGACACAACUGGGAAGCCACAUUUUAUCUCCCGCUACCGAAUUCAAGAUGGCAAGAAUGAUCCUGUAGACUCCACAAAACUCCGUCAGGCUCUUGUUACAGUCCUCUUCAACCAAUACAUCAUCUCCUUACCCAUGCUGGGGCUCUGCUAUCCCUUCUUCAAGUGGCAAGAAGAUCCUUGCCGCCCUGAGCUGCCCACCUUUCACUGGUUCCUCCUGGAGCUGUCUGUCUUCGUACUGAUUGAAGAAGUCAUGUUCUACUAUUCACACCGGCUUCUUCAUCACCCCAUAUUCUAUAAGCGAUUCCAUAAGAAACACCAUGAGUGGACGGCCCCCAUCGGUGUGGUCUCUCUCUAUGCUCACCCAGUAGAGCAUGUGGUCUCCAACAUGCUACCAGCCAUGGUAGGUCCCUUGGUAAUGGGCUCUCACCUGUCUUCCAUCACCAUGUGGUUUUCCUUGGCUCUCAUCAUCACUACAAUUUCUCAUUGUGGUUAUCAUCUGCCUUUUCUACCUUCACCAGAAUUCCAUGACUACCAUCAUCUCAAAUUCAACCAGUGCUACGGAGUGCUGGGGGUACUUGACCAUCUCCAUGGGACCGAUGCAACGUUCAAGCAAACAAAGGCCUACGAAAGACACGUGUUGCUGUUGAGCCUUACUCCUCUAUCUGAGAGCAUCCCCGACCCACCCAAGAAGAUAGAGUGAGGUGGUAUGGACCACUGGCUCCCAUCCUCACUGCUCCCAGCAGGGAACUGUCCCCAUUAGACCUAGGAUGUCUCCUUUGACAAACCAGAGCUGAUAAUUCUGCCAAAUGACUUUCUAAUGAAACAGGUAGAUUCCCUGAUGACUGGUUGAUUGUAACAGGAUUGGGGGGGGGGGCCAUGGCUUCCUAGAGAAGUAGGAGAAAGGACCUAGAGACAGUACCUAUCCCAAUUCUCUUCCCAGAGCUAUGCCAUAGUGAACACCCUCUAUCAAUUAGCCAUAAUAAGGGGGGGGGUAUCAUCAAGCACUAUUAUGUAGGAAGAACACUAGAGCCUUGAGAACAAGGAGGUGAUGUGUUGGGGUUCACUUCUGGAUUGACUGAAGAAUGGAUUAUUAGAGGGCUGCAGGCCAUGUUAGAUGAGAACUGGUUGUAGGGAUGUUGAAUCUAGAGGAGAGAAGACCUGAGGAAAGAUGUCCUAGUUGUAUUUUCUUUCAUGUAGGAUUUUACCUCUGCCCUUCCCCCUCCCCCAGUGCAUUACCCUCACCCCUCAAUUUAACCCUAAAGAUGUUAUCAUGGGGCAGCUAGGUGACACAGUGGACAAAG